AUGUCCUCAUCAACCACAUUCAUCCUCUCCUCUUCGUCCUCUACUCCACUUGCCUCGUCUCCCUCCCUGGCUCUACUCCCAUUCUCACUAGGUGGCAACUCAUCGCCUCAUGCAACUAACAGCGCUCCUCUCUCAAAUUACUUCAAACCUCGUCCUAUACCUUCCUCCUCUCGUGGCUCGACAUCUACAAGUACGAUAGCUUCCUUUCGAGGUAGGACGGUCGUGGGUCAAUAUAUAGAUAUACCCAAGGGAUGGAAGGGUGUGAUCUUGGGAACGGGAAAGAGACCUGAUAAAGGUGGAUUGUUAGAUGUUGCAAGCUCAAGUGCAAGUCACAGUGACAGCAGCAAUGUGGCUAAAGCAAAGGAAGAGGAUGUGGAUAUGGUCACGGAGGAAGAAGGAAUGGAUUCGGAUCUUAGUUUGAGACGUACGACAAGACAGAAUCCCCAACGUAGGAGAGGUCCAAGUGCGGGUACGGGUCAGGUAGCUCUUUCGAAACCUAAGAUCAGAGGUAAUAAUAAUACUGCAAGGCAGAAUAAGAAAAGGUAUAGAUUAGAUUCUGAUGAUGAGGAAGAUGAUGAUGAAAAUGGCCAAGAGAGUACUAUCAAAGAAGAGAGGUUGAUUAGAACACCAAAUAAACGAUCUAAAUUAUCUUACACUACACCUCAGAAAGGUCAACCCCGGGGGGAAGUGGUCGUACCGGAUAUAGUGAUUCAAGAAGCUACACCUUUGAAAUACCCUUUACCUACUCCGAAGAAACGUCUGAAUGGAAGACGAUCAUCACCUAGUCCGGAUCCUCACGGUAAGAGGGGUUUACCGCAGGUGACGGAAAGUAUGGAAUGGGUUGAAGAGCAGAUCAUACCAAAGAUUGAAGAGGUCAAGGAGGAUGAAGAUGAGCAAGACUCGCGAUCUCAAUCUCAAUCGCAAUCGAUAAUUUCGAAUGAAUUGAAAGAAGAUAUAAGUACUACGACUUCUGUGGAAUCCAAUGAGGAUCUGAAAAUCGACGAAAAAGAACAAGAAGAAGAAGAGAAUCUAAUUCCUUCACCUUCCACUGAAGAUGAUCCACCAACUUUCAAUACUGAGAUCAAAACUGAAACUGAAAAACCAGCUCAAAAAACAAUCGAUAACUCCAAUAUCGACAACUCAUCAACCGAGAAAAUCGAUCAUGAUGGAGGUCACCAAGAAGGAGAGUAUGAUGGACCGAUGAGGAUCCUCAGACCUAUAUCGACAUUUGAUGGGUUCAUGUUGUACACUCCUGAUGAUCCCCUGAUCGGAUUCAGGUCAGACGAAUUGGAUGAGAGUCAAAAUCAAACUCCAACUCAAAAUGGAGAUGAGCAAAUCACAAGCACUGACAAUGAGAAUGGGACGAACGGGACGAACAACCCAGAUGUGAAGAUACUUGAUACAGGUGGAAAAGAGAAAGACUCUGAUGGGACUAUCCAGGUGAGGAAAUCGUGGUGGAGAUCUGGAGGAGGUGGCGAAGGAGGUGAUGAGUUUAUAAGAGGUUUGGGUGAAUGGUUGGGUCUGGUUGAGAUUUUGAAUCAACCUGUUUAUCUUGAUGGACUAGAGGAAGAGGAAGAUGAGGACGAAGAUUGA